UUGCCCCCCUCCCCUACCAGUAACAAAAUGGCUGCUGACAUUUUUACGAAUGAGCGAGUUUUCUAUGUCUGCAGCUGUGGCUCAAAACGCCCGAUUACUCGCAUAUACUUUUGUCGGCAUUGUUCUAAGCUGCGAUGCGGCGACUGCGUUUCGCACGAGGUGGACUCAAACUACUGCUCCAACUGCCUUGAGUACAUGCCCUCGCCUGAGGCACGGGUGAAGAAAAACAAGUGCUCGACGUGCUUUGAGUGCCCAAGCUGUGGGCACACGCUGUCGGUGCGUGCCACCACCAUCCAGGUGCAGACACCCGAGGAACCUGGCAAGGCAGUGGCCAAGAAGGUCUACUACAUGGCCUGUGGCCUUUGCCGAUGGGCCACCAAGGAUGUCGGCCUGCCUGACCAGCCACUAGCCACGGGCGGCUGGCAGGAGUACGAGAACCCAUGGAGCAAACAGGUGGGCACUCUGUUUGAGCAUUACCGGCUGGUGGCUCAGCGGGACAAGAUGGAGCGGGACCGCAAAAAGGCCAGCCAGCGUGCAGGCUACCUCCAGUUCUCGGACCGAUAUGGAGUGUCGGCAGUGGUGGCUAAAAAGUUUGCGGGUCUCAUCAGUGUUGGCAGGAAGGAGGAUGAGGUGAAGAAAAUGGAAGAGGUGCAGCCAGCUGUUGCCACCGAGGAGCUCGAGCCACUUCCAGAGGAGUACUUAACUGAGCCAGUCAGUGUAGCUCAAGUGUGCAGCAUUGGCCAGCGACUGUCCCAGCCGGACCUGCAGGCUGAGUACACAGCCUUCCUGCAGCCCAAGCGCAAGCCCCUGCUCAUCAAGCGCUCGCAGAGGUGCCGGGAGUGUGAGCACAACUUAAGCAAGCCCGAAUUCAGCCCUGCCAGCAUCAAGUUCAAGAUCCAGAUGGCCGCAUUCCACCACAUCCCGGAAGUCAAAAUCAAGUCGGUGACCGCAUUCAACAUUGGAGAGGAGUGCUACGUGCAACUUUCGUUGCACAAUCCAACGCCACACGUGACUCAUGUGACGCUACUACCAGUUGAGCAAGCUGUUGAAGGGACCACUGCCAAGGUGCUUCUGCCUAGCUGCGAGUUCAUUCUUCCAGCCAGGGACGACACUGCCGAAUUUGACGAUGCCAGCGACAGCACUUUCUCGGAUGACCCCAGUGUGGUGACAUUCCGCAAAGCCAACAGGCUGGGCUUCUACAUUCGAGUCAUUCCUUCCGAAGAAGAGGCUGUCAUUGUGGCGUUCCGUCUGAAGCACGACUUUACGAACAUGGUGGUGCAACUGCAGGCUGAGCCCCGGAGACCCGAAGUGGUGUGGAUGACGCACACCGUGCUUGUCAACUUGGGCACCCGCUCAUAUCGGCCACCUGUGUAGGCCGACUGGUUUAAUGUUUAUGCACCUUGCAACUAAUAAAAGUUAUUUGCACGGAGUAA